AUGCGUUUCUUCUGGCUUGAUGUUGGUCUUGCAGUCUUUGCGAGCCUCGUCGCCGCAUCGCAAAACCACCAUAGGGCAGACCGGCUAACGGUGAACACGACAAAUGGCCCCAUCACCGGACAUCUCGCGUCCAACGCCUCAGUCGUGAUUGAAUACCUUGGAAUCCCAUACGCGAAACCUCCCGUCGGCGACCUUCGAUUCGCUCCCCCGGUGCAAUUCGCGAGCAAUGCAUCAUACGACGCAUCAAAUUUCGGGUUCGACUGCCCGCUGUCACCAUCCAAGAAAGUGGACUAUCCCGACAUGACUCCCCAAGCUCAGCGCAUCAUCAGCUACUUCGCUUCCGGUGCCGGAACUCCGCAGAGCGAAGACUGCCUCACGCUCAACAUCUGGGCCAAACCAGCAAACAAGUUGCACUCUUCCAACAAGCCUGUGAUUGUCUUCUUCUACGGUGGACGAUUUGCCAUCGGCAACACCAACAGCCCCUUCUACAACGGCAAAUACUUCGCAGACGCCCAAGACGUGGUCGUGGUGACUGUCAACUACCGCAUCAACAUUUUCGGGUUCCCCGGAAUCCCUGGGCAGCCACAGAACCUUGGUCUGAGAGACCAACGUGCUGCCGUGAAAUGGGUGCAUGCCAACAUCGCCAGCUUCGGUGGCGACCCGAGCAAGAUCACCAUUGCCGGACAAUCAUCCGGCGGCGUUAGCGUAGAUUACUGGUCAUAUGCGUACACCAGAGAACCCAUUGUGAACGGACUCAUCGCGCCGUCGGGGAAUGCAUUCAGUUUCCCGUUGAACAGCCCCGGCGUACCUGAGCGAAACUGGAACACUGUUGUUGGAGCUGUCAAUUGUACUGACUCUGAGGACGUCCUGGCAUGCAUGCGCGAGAAAGACUGGGAGGAUAUCAAGGCGGCCGCUGCGGCUGUGAAGCCGACCUCGAGUAGCAGCGUUCUCCGCUCUAUUCCCCCAUUCUAUCCCAUUGUUGACAAUGAGAUUGUCUUUCCAGACUACGUUUCCUUGACAAAGAACGGGAGUUUUGCCAAGUUGCCCAUCCUUUUCGGAAACAACAACAACGAAGACGGGUACUACAGGAUCCCAGCCUACGGCAACGGCGUGGUUCCAACAUCCGAGCAAGUGACGUCCUUCCUCCUAGAGUCCUUCACCUGCCCCAACCUCUAUCAGGCCAACGCACGCCUCGCUCAGGGCGUGCCGGCCUGGAUCUACCGCUACUUUGGCGACUGGGACAACACCCGCCUCUUCCCGACAAGCGGUGCCUACCACGGCGUCGAUCUACACAUGAUCUUUGGCGCAUCCGAGGACGUCAGCGGUAUCCCUCCUUCAGACGCGCAAAGAGAAACGACCAAGGUAAUGCAGCGAGCCUGGGCUGCGUUCGCGAAUGGUCCCGGGAACGGGUUAAGCCAGGUGAUUGGUUGGCCCAAGUUUAACCCAGAGACAGACUCUCUGGUUCUCUUGGCUCUAGACAACAACCCUCAACCAAGGUUUGUGAAGCCGGAUGUGUAUGGCGCCCCGUGUUCUACUGUUACUAUGGGGGCUCUGGCAACUCCGACUUUGUCGUUGUAA